UACCUCCUUCAUCGCCUAGAGGUUGAAAGAGAGCAAGGACAGCACCCCUGAAGCUGGGACCUCGGCGGCCUUCUAGGGAAGAUGAGGCUCCUCCUGCUCCUGCUGGCCUUCUGUCUCCCCCACAGGAUGAAGGCAGGGGAGAUCAUCGGGGGACAUGAGGCCAAGCCCCACUCUCGGCCCUACAUGGCCUUUCUUCAGAUCAUGAAUGGGGGUACUUCAAAGAGGUGUGGUGGCUGUCUUAUACGAGAGGACUUCGUGCUGACCGCCGCUCACUGUUCCGGGAGCUCAAUAAAUGUCACUCUGGGGGCCCACAACAUCAAAGAACAGGAGAAGACACAGCAGGUCAUUCCUGUGGUAAAAACCAUUCUGCAUCCUGACUAUAAUCCUAAAGUCAUCUCCAAUGACAUCAUGCUGUUAAAGCUGAAGAGAAAGGCCAAGAGGACUAGAGCUGUGAAGCCCCUCAACCUGCCCAGGCGCAAUGCCCGUGUGAAGCCCGGGGAUGUGUGUUAUGUGGCUGGCUGGGGAAGGAUGGGCCAAAUGAGCAAAUUCCCAAGCACACUACAAGAGGUUCAGCUGACAGUACAGAAGGAUCAGGAGUGCAAGUCCCGCUAUCCACGUAAUUACAAUGAAACCAUUGAGAUAUGUGCGGGGGACCCAAAAAUCAAGAAUGCUUCCUUUAAGGUAACUUGGAUUGCUCUCCACUCUGGGCUUAGUAGAAGGGGAAAAGGAAUCUGGGACCUAGAGGGCAAACACCAAGGGACUCCUUUGCCCACUGGCUGA